AGUUGUACACUUUUACAAGAAAAACUUACCCUAAUGAGUAUGUGAAGAUAAAGAUCACAGAUAAGUUGGCAGAGAAUUAGAAAUAAUAGACAUGUUUUUCAAGCUUGUCACAGUAAUGUUGUCCAUCCUGCUCCUAGUUGAAGAGCAUCCUUCCCAUCCGCCAAUGAAUAUGCAAGACACUCCCCACAAGUCACGGCAGCCUGUAGCCAUUCAAGUGUGAUUGAUUCAGUAUCUCAAUCAAUCCUUAUAAUCUUGGAACUGCCUAUAUUCAUGUACAAAGUCAACUGUAUAGCAUAUAAAAGAACUCCAAUACAACCAGAAUACUCAUCGUGGGGUAUUCUUCCUAUUCUACUUCUUGUUCUUUUCUUACCUCUCUCAAUUUCUCUACAUGGUAUCAGAGCCUCACAGACCCCUUUUCGAUCCUAAUGACAAACUCUUCCUCUCCUGUGAACUCUCCCUCUGACUCUCAGCCUUCUCAGAUCUCUCAGAACAAUUCUCAAAAUACCAUGACCACCACACCAUCUUCUAUUCCAACUUCUCUGUUGGAAAUCUCAGUUUGAAGGUGUACUAGAAUUACAUGAUCUGGAAGAUGUGAUUAAGACAUAAACACAUCCUCAGAAGAAACUUCCCGAUGGUUCUCUCAAUCCAGAAUCCAGCCUAUUCAAAAGACAAACUAUUCUUAAGCUGGAUCAAGGCCACGGCUUCAUCUUCUAUUAAGACCCUUCUGAUUCCAUGUUCUACAGCAUAUGAGGCAUGGACGCUGCUUGAGAAACGGCUGUCACACCUGUCCAAAACUUAUAUUCGUACCCUGCGAGAUCAGAUACGCACUCUAAAAAAGGAUCCAAAACAGUCAGUUGCAGAUAAUUUGAUCCACGCCAAGUCUCUCUUUGAUUCUGUCAUUGCGGCUGGCACCUCAAUUUCUGAUGGCGAACUUAUUGAUUAUAUACUCGAUGGCCUAGGCCAUGAAUACAAAGAAUUUACUACCUCCCUUCAUCUUCGACCCUCUCUAACUUGAGAUGAAUUUUAUGAUAUGUUAAUACAGGAAGAACAGUUGCUAAAGAGGAUGUCUUCCCUCUCCUUAUCACAAGGUGUAGCACUCACCUUUGAUCGCAAUACCAAUGAUCAGGCCACUCAGAACCGAGCCCAAAGCACCAACCACCACAACCAUUCUCAGAACUGGUUCCAAAACUUUGAAAGAGGACGAGGACGAGGCCGAGGUCACGGUUGGCAUAAUGGAAGAAAUUCAGGUCGUUCUCUUAAUUGGAAUUCCAACCACCAUAAUUGUGGGGCCUCCACCCGUGACAAAGGCUGGCAGAAUAGUCGUGCUUACCGCCGUCCUCAAUUUCUAACAGACACCAGAUCAUCAAUGCCUUCACAUGAUGGACGUCUACCACUGCUCCCAACACCACCAUAUCAACCUCCUUUUCAGUUUCAAGUAACCUGUCAGAUGUGCAAUCGACAAGGCCACACUUCACGUGUAUGUCAUGAUUGUGGUUAUUACGCCUAUAUGGCAGAGUCCAACACCUCCAAUAUCCCUUCACCAUCUGUUCCUAAUAACACAAGUUGGUGUGUUGACUCCGGGGCAACCCAUCAUAUGGUGUCCAGUCCUUAUCAACUUCCCUUUGUGAAAUCGUAUACGGGUAAUGACUCCAUUAUUGUAGGACAAUAUAACGGGGAGGACUUUGCUCACUGGCAGUAGCUCUGGUGACUUGUACCAUAUUCAAGCAGAUCCUACAAUCUCAGGGAAGCUAGCCUCUUUUGGUGAAAGGACUACCCAAGAUAUUUGGCAUACAAGACUUGGCCAUCCGUCUCAUGAUGUUUUUCGUAUUUUACUUAAUAAAUUUCACUUGCCUGUUAGUGGUAAGGUUGAUUCUA